CGUUCCACUCGGUGCAGCUGCAGCAGCGUCCGGAAGGUCGCAGCAGCCAGGAAGACACGCGUGGGAUGUGGGCCCAGAGAGUGAUCCGGGUGUUAGCGCGGAAUAGGAGGUGCAGAGCAUGCCUUACCUCACAUCCCGGUGUCCGCCUGCUGCCACCACAUGCGGCAGCGUCUGCAAGCUCCAGGUUGGCCUGUCCCCAGCCUUCGCUGCUGCCCGGGGCCGGCCCGCUGCGGGGGAUCAGCUCCCAUACUAGCGAGCGUACACUGGAGCCUGGCGAUGACCGGGCGGAAGGAUCCGCUGCAGGGAGGAUAAUGGAUGAGGAUCUUCCAGAGUUCAAUAUUCAUCUAAUAGUAGAUUUGCUUAGACAGGAAAACGGCAAAGAUCUCUGCGUCAUCAGGGUCCCCCCAGAGAUGAAAUACGUUGAAUAUUUUGUAAUUGUUGGCGGAACCUCUUCACGACAUCUCCAAGCAAUGGCACAAUACACCCUGAAAAUGUACAAGUAUCUGAAGGAGGAAAGUAAAUCUCAUCUUUGCAUAGAGGGAAGGGACACGGAUGACUGGAUGUGCAUAGACUUUGGUAACAUUGUAGUUCAUUUCAUGCUAGCAGAAACCAGAGAGACUUAUCAGUUGGAGAAGCUGUGGACGUUGCGAUCCCACGAUGACCAGUUAUCUCAGAUGGUGCAAGAGAUUUUGCCAUCAGAUUUCACAUUCGGACUUCAACAGCAUAAAGAGUGAUCUAUCGGCUAUAAUUACUUCAUAUAUCAAGCUGGACUGAAAUGUGCCAUUCAAGAUGCCCGUGCUGUACGCCUUGGUCAUUACUUUAGGAAGAUGGUGCAGAAGAUUUAUCCAGAGAGCAGCACUUUGGUUUCGGAAAAACAACACAAGAACAGCUUAUAGUUGUAUUGCUGGUUGUUACGUGUGUAUGGUCUGUCACCCGCAGAAACCUGGGAAUCAGGGUCACAUUAUAGCAACCGUUUGGAAUACAAACUAGUCCUUUUAAAAUCCUAUUCAGUUGUAAAUAAAUAAUCCUGACCUCCAGUCCCAAUGUGUCCUGAUAAGAAACAUCAUACCUCCCAACUGUCCCGAUUUUCGCUGGACAGUCCCGUUUUUCUGGGGACUGUCCCACCCACGGGCCGCAGUGUGGGAGGGUGCAGUUGGGAGGCUCUUGUCACUGCUGUAGCUUCUAUUUGCGAGUGACAGGGAGAGGGGGCAUACCAGCAGCUCACAGUGACGGACAAGGGAGCCUGGCUUACGAUUGUGGCAUCACCAAGAAGCCACACCCCUUUUUGAGACCACGCCCCUUUUCGGGAGCGUGCAUGGUUUCGCCGCUCGUGUGUCCCUCUUUCAACAUAAAGAAAGGUUGGAGGUAUGAAACAUGUCUACAGUACAGAGAGCGGAGAAUGUGCUUUCACUGAGCCACACUGAUAUGUCAGCAGGAAAGCUAGGCUACGCUCACUUACGCUUUUACUAUCUUCAAACAAAUCAUCAAUGGUUUCCCCACCCAAUGGUCAUACCUGCUUUUCUAUUUACUGGGCGCAGGCCAAUUAAAGCCUGGGGGCGAGGCUUCAUGGGUGUUGGGGACACGGACCAUCCUGGCACAUUUAAAAAACAAAACAUCAGCGGCUGUUAUUCCUUCGAUGUCGGUAAACCAUCGGGUUCUCCCUGAAGGGUUAACUCUUCUGUGCUUUGUAAAUAUUACUUUUUAUAUGAUCAAUUUCCUUAUAAUAGUUACAGUGUAAAAGUGAAUAUUUCUACUUCCCUAAUGAAGGGUUAAAACAUGCUAUAUGAACUGUUAUGUGUUUGCAUAGAUACGUACUACCCUGUGUCGGGUACCUUUAUCUGCUCAUACAAUACCAGGCUUGUAUGUGUCUGCUUUUCAAGGACAGUCCCAUACCAGAUCAAACCUGUUAUUUCUAUUUUUGUGUGGUACCAAAUAUCCUGUGUUACAGACUUUGUUAAAUGUUUUGAGAAACUUGUAGAAAAACCCAUAUAUGGACAUCCGCCUUAUCAAUUCUGCCUGGUAACUACUAACGAGCCAAUAAGAAGUGUAACAACAUGUCAGUUACACCCAUAUACGUUGUCUUUUAUACUUUUGUUAACCUCAUAAUAAACCAGUGUGAAUCUUUA